AUGGGCUACGAUGGUAACCUGAGCAUGGACGCCAUACUAGGGGCUCUCAACACGCACGUAAAAGCCGAUCGGUGGUCCAACUGCACUGUCAGAAUGCUGAACAGUGGAAAUCUAAGCAUGCAAGAAACCCUGGAGGACCCGUUCCAAAACAGUCAAACGAAUUCUCCGUCAUUCUUUAUCCGCUGCCCGAACGGCUCGGUUUCAGACUACACUGAGCUCAUCGGAUUGAUUACCCAGAAUAUUCCAGCUGAUCCAAUCGCCGCAUUUCCUCAGGGAUUCACAGAAAAGGAUGAGUUCUCCGUUUCUAAUUUAACGAUAACAUUUGUACUGUGUGCUGUGUGUGUCGGCUCGUGGAUGCUGCUUUUAGUUUUAUUGUUGUUGCCGGCCAACAACCACAACAGUCGUAAGAAAAUGGUUUAUUUGGGUGUAGUUUAUUCCGCUAUAUUCCACACAGUUAUCCUCAGUAGGACCAUGAGCUCUAUUUUCGAACAGCAAUACGCAGAUAAUUGUCAGAACUCGCAAGUUUUCAGAGAUCAAAUGCUAAACUCUACGCUUUUCAAUGUCAUGUUGUUUUUCUCGACACUGAUUUCCAACUUAAAUUGGCUGGAUAUCGUUUACUAUAUGUUCCACAAUUAUCGCAAGACUCAGCAUCCUUGGAUUCCAAAAUUUCUGAAUAACAAAAAUCGACAAAUCACGAUUAUUGGGCUGUUGCUCACUAGCACGCAGGCGCUACUAGUGGGGUUGAAGCUUUGGGUGGCUCAUCCAAGUGACGCCAUCAGUAUUGCUAUGCGAGUAUUUGACAUUAUAAUCUAUAUCUUAUUUGCGAUUUGUUCGGCACUGUACGCUAGCCGUAACUUAAGGCUUAGCCUCGCUCCCAAAUCUUUGGAACCAAAGGCCUCGUGGAACGCAAUGCUUUCAAGGUCUUGGAAAAAUUAUCACGAAUCUGUUCUCCUCCUGGCUUAUAAUGCGUCUGUGAUGGCACUGCUGAUUGCACUGACGUUGUAUGUGAUGGUUCCGCCCCAUCAGAUUAACCUCUGGAUGGGAAAUGUAUUCACGUUCUUGAAGGUUCUUGUUACCGUUAAUACUUGGGGCUUAAUUGGAGUUUUGGAGAGACUAGAAAGGACUUUCAGUAAGGAGACUGUGUUAGGGAGAAAGAUCAACAAUAAAGAUAGGUUUUUCGUGGAUCCCAAAAUCAAUUAUGGAAAUGAAGAUAACUUUACAACAGGAGAAGACAUUUAUACGGCCAAGGAUGCUCUUGACCCCCACUUAGACUGCAAGUCUGUUUCUCGACGGGGGCUCGAUAUCAUUGCGAAACCAGUAGUGGCGUUGAAGUCCAAGCUGCGUGGUGACGGGGCCAACGGCCAUAUUAUGAUCGUGCCUGAUGGCGAUCGAGAUGUCAAUACACGUAACUCCGGAAGUAUAGCGCACGAGAUCGAUGGUCAAGAAUGGAACUACGAUGAAGACGAUGGUAACGGAUCAGUCGAAACUUUACUCACUAGAAAUUACAUAUUCAAUCACAACGAGGAUUGA